UGUGCUCAUUGCUGGAUUGCUGGUCGGCGUGGUUUCGACCCUGCUGGGAUCGCCUCUGUCCAGUAGCCGGGACCCAUCCGCGGCCAACGCUGCCGGGACUCUGUCCGAGUGCUCUGCCCGCGUUCUUGCUCCUGACGCCCAGUCUCCUUCUCCUCAUUCGGCCGACCCUAAGCCUCGGCUUCGCCGCUGCCCUCGCUCCCGCUGCCCGGCGAAGGAGACCAGCAUGGAGGAAGAGUGCAGAGUCCUGUCCAUCCAGAGUCACGUCGUCCGAGGCUAUGUGGGCAACCGAGCGGCCACUUUUCCCCUGCAAGUUUUGGGAUUCGAAAUUGACACAGUGAAUUCCGUCCAGUUUUCAAAUCAUACAGGUUAUCCAAACUGGAAAGGUCAGGUGUUGAAUUCAAAUGAACUCCAUGAGCUGUACGAAGGUCUUAAGCUGAACAAUGUGAAUAAGUAUGACUAUGUUCUCACAGGUUACACCAGAGAUAAGUCAUUCCUGGAAAUGGUAGUCGACAUAAUCCAAGAGCUGAAGCAGCAGAACUCCAAGUUGGUAUAUGUGUGUGAUCCGGUGAUGGGCGACAAGUGGAAUGGAGAAGGCUCCAUGUAUGUCCCAGCAGAUCUCCUUCCAGUUUACAAGGAAAAAGUCGUGCCUGUAGCAGAUAUAAUAACUCCGAAUCAAUUUGAGGCUGAGUUACUGACUGGAAAAAAGAUUUCUACACAAGAAGAAGCAUUAGAGGUAAUGGAUAUACUUCAUUCUAUGGGACCAGAGACUGUAGUUAUCACCAGUUCCGACUUACCGGCUUCUUCAGGCAACAACUACCUGAUUGCUCUGGGAAGCCAGAAGAAAAAAAACCCAGAUGGCACAAACAUGACAGAAAGAAUCAAAAUGGAAAUUCAGAAAGUGGAUGCUGUCUUUGUGGGAACAGGAGACUUGUUUGCUGCUAUGCUCCUGGCUUGGACAUACAAGCACCCAAAUAAUUUCAAGGUGGCAUGUGAAAAGACAGUGUCAGCCAUGCACCAUGUUCUUCAGAGGACUAUUGAAAGUGCUAAAGCACAAGCUGGAAAAGGGAAGAAACCCAGUCCUGCCCAACUGGAACUGAGAAUGGUCCAAAGCAAAAAGGAUAUAGAGAAUCCAGAAAUAAUAGUGGAAGCCACUGUGUUAUAGAGAAUGUGACCACAUCACCCAAUAACGCACAAUGUAUUGAUGUCUUGUUUCCCUUCCUGUAAAAAAUGUAAUGUCUGCCUGAGAGAUGUGACUUAAACUUGAUAUUUUCUCUCUCACAAAAUAGUGUCAAUUAUCAACAGAUCUUUUGUUAUGAAAAUAUGUGGUGGCUAUGUUUGGAUUUUAUUUCCUUGUUCAGUGAAGGAGAGGCCUCUCCCCUCAAUUCAUCCACUGUGUAUACUGCCCUGGGCAAUAUCACAAAGAUGUCUCUUGCAAAAUCCUCAGCAUCCAGAUUUGUUCAUGGAAUUAGUCUGGAGGGGGUGAGUACUGGGAGAUCACAACUCCUUGGGGAAAGGAAGGAAGCAUAUACAAUAUUAAUCACUUAGUCAUUUGCAGUGCCAAUGGAGUUGACUACCUACCGUUUCUUGACCUGAACAAUUUAAGAUCCUUGGAUACAUUCAAUUUUUUAAAAAUUCUAAUAAUAUAUUAUUUUCUUUCCUUCCACGGCUUAUCUCGCUUGGACUUCACAGAAGCCAAAGCAUUGGGGUGGCAGCUUUGUACUUCUCUUAUAACUGCCCCUUACCCUUUCCUUUGUUUCUGCCCUAAGAAUAAAAACAAAUCUUCCUUCUCUGAAAUUUCUGGUGACUGCAGGUAGUUUUCCAGGACUAAAAGAAAAGAAGCCAGCUAACUGUUAGGCCGGGGCCCGUUAAGUAGCUGCCUACCCAGAAUUACGGUUCCCUUGCUGAUGCCAGAUUUGUUGGUGUUUCUUUAUCAACACACGAAAGCAAAUCCUCUUUUACCUAAGGAAGAGAGAAUUUAUAGUGUUUGAACUUGUUAAUCAUGAGCAUCUUUAUCAGAUCUAAGAACACUAGGAUGGGGGAUAUAGGGCAUAACAGGGAACACAAAGUAUUGAAAUAUUUCUUUUGUAGUUUUUUUCCCCCUGGAAAAUUAUUUUUUCUUAGUUAACUUAUAUGAACAGUUCAUAGUAUGAUGUCAAACACUCUAUAAUUACAAUGUAGCACUACUGCCAGAUAGUCACAAGUCUGUUCUACUUCCCACAUUCCUGUCAAAAGAACUCCAGACCAGGAGACCUUAAGGCCAGCUAUCCUAUCUUCCCUUAGGCACAGGGUCUCUCUUCUCAAAGCCAGCAACAGAGCUUCAGCAGCUUGUUCUCCCCUUGUACUGACAUCACUGGGUGGCCCCAGAAAAGCCAUCCAUAGAUCUCCUUCCUUCUUGGUUGGGGUCAUACCUAGGAGCUUACUGGAGAGAAGCUCUGCCUUUCCUACUCCUCUCUAGAGCCUGAGAAGGAUGAUGGAUCCCAUUGUCUUGCCUAGGUUUAGAAGGUAGUAUUAGAGCUAUAGUGAAUAGGAUAAUUAGGUGAAUUAUUUAUUCUGAAUACCUUUAACAUGUACCCCCUGCUUAGCUUUCACCACCUACUUGUUGUAAAUCACUCACCUCUCCAUUUGUCUGUGGAGUGAUCUUUGUAGAAUUUAUUGGCCGAAUCUUAUCACUUGACUUCUAGAGAAGCUGUGUAGUCUACAAUAAAGUAAAGACUUGAAGCCAA